GCCCAGGAGGCAUGAAAUUGCUGCAGAUGCUUCUACGGGGGUGUUCCCGCUGCCACAGCCUGAGCUCAGCCAGCCAGGUCAGCUCUGUGCCUUUCCCUGGAGCUGCCAACCACUAGCAGAACCACCCUCUUCAUGGAAAGCCCCGUGAAGUGGCCCCCCUGGUGAUGGCAUCCGACAGUGACGUGAAGAUGCUGCUGAACUUUGUGAACCUGGCGUCCAGCGACAUCAAGGCGGCCCUGGACAAGUCUGCGCCCUGCCGCCGCUCAGUGGACCACCGCAAGUACCUGCAGAAGCAGCUCAAGCGCUUCUCCCAGAAGUACUCCCGGCUGCCGCGGGGGCUCCCCGGCCGAGGGGCUGAGCCUCACCUGAAAAGGGGGCCUGAGGACCGCCCCACUAGGCUGCCCCUCAACUCCGGCCCUGACUCCAGCCCUAGCAGUGGUGGGGACUGCAAGGAGAAGGCUCUGGGGAACCCCUCCGGGGAGGAGUGUCUCUCAAAGGAGCAGACCCUACCGGGGCAGCACCCAGAAGCUGCCAGGCCUGGCCAGGUGCCCAUGAGGAAAAGACAGCUGCCCGCUUCCUUCUGGGAAGAGCCGAGGCCCACCCACAGCUACCCCGUGGGGCUGGAGGGGGUACUGGGCCCUAGAGAGGGGGUUCCCUAUGAGGGUAAGAAACACUGCAAGGGCUUGGAGCUCUUAGGGCCCGAGAUGGUCCUGGUCCCCAUGUCCCCAAGGGCACUGGCUGAAAAGGAGCCACCCAAGAUGCCUGGGGUCUCCCUUGUGGGCCGUGUCAAUGCCUGGAGCUGCUGCCCCUUCCAGUACCAUGGACAGCCCAUCUACCCGGGCCCUCCAGGGGCCCUGCCUCAGGGCCCCGCCCCCAGCCUGGGUCUGUGGAGGAAAAGCCCAGCUUCCCCUGGGGAGCUGGCCCAUUUCUGCAAGGAUGUGGAGGGCCCAGGGCAGAGAGUAUACAGACCCGUGGUUCUGAAGCCUAUCCCCACUAAGCCGGCCAUGCCCCCACCCAUCUUCAACAUCUUUGGCUACCUCUAGCUGGGCUUCUGGGGCCUGGGCUCCAACCUCCGGGCUGCAGGAGGGCUGGGGGCCCAGGAGCUCUGUUGUGAGGGGUGGGCUGGGCAGCGGUGAAGC